AUGGCGCUAAUAUCUGGAGGGGACGAGUAUCCCGUCUCCACGAAAAGAAUAGCCCGAAUCGCUGCUCAGCUCUCGGCUCUGCCUCUCGAAUUGAUUGAGCCUGUUUUGGCGGAGUUGCCGCUACAUCAUAUUCUACAGCUGCAGUGCGCGAGCACUGCCGGCGCCUCCCUUCACGAUGCGAUCCGAAUCUCACCCACCUGGGCAUGGCUGUUUCAGCACCACGGCGAAAGACUUGCGGCGCUUUGGAUUGCCGCGAAUCGGCUUUCUAUGCUCUGGUGCGGCCGCGACUACAUGCAGAUGACGACAGUGAAGCAAUGGUCUGAAUUCAGCGUCAAACUCCACUGUCGGGCGGUGACUUCCAAGCCAGAAGACCCGGCAAGCCAUACCUUGGGAGUCUUGGAGAAGCAAUUUACCGUUAGCUUUAUGGCUUUCCUUGGAGAUGAUCGCCAGGUAUAUCCGCCAGGCUUCCGCAUCGUUGAAAGUGCACCGUGGGGCCGUGGCCUUAAGAGGGCUGACCGUCGCGCUGCGUGCAUGUAUUUGCCGGCCACCUUGUUGUCCUCCUUGAUCAAAGAGAAGAGAUUGCCUGAAAGCUUCAAGAAAAUGCGCACAGACGCAUUCUCAGCCUCUGAUUACACGUCUUCGCCACCCAGUCUGGACUUCCUCGACCAGGCCGCAGACGCUCUCCAUACUCAUGAAUGGACUUUCCAGGACGCCAUGCUCGUCCUGCCGUGGAUUAUCAAGGCGUUGGAAAUGCUUCGAAAAACCCAGAGUGAUGAACUCAUCGUCUUGGCACAGCUAUUUGACGAUUUUCCAGAACUGCUGAAGAUGCCUCUGGCCCCGCAGCUCAUGGACCCAACUCGUCAACCACACAUUGCCCGCAACUUGCGUAUGGAUGCUCGCAAAGCUUCUCACUUGCCAAUUUACGCAAGGCUAAAAAAGAUCCACUACGGCCGGCAGAAACUUUUUGUUGGUCGGUCGUGGUUUCGCUUUCGCUACGCGCACUGUUGCUUGGUGCCGUACAAUUGGUGUUUCGACCUCUUCUCCAAAUUCAGAGGUACAUACGAUCCGACCAAGAACGACCCUAUAAUUCCUUCCGAAAUGCUAUCCCUUUUCAAUAUCGCAGAAUUAGGCUUCAAUGACAUCUAUUCUUAUUCGAGCAAUUCUAUGAGCCGGGUAGCGCGUAUGAAUGGCCAGACUUGUUUCGUGUUCCGGCCAGAUCAGAAUGUCUCCUUGCCUGCUCGUCCGAAAGAGCUUGAAUGGCUUACUGCUUUCACCAAGUGUGUCAACUGGAUUCGCUCUCAGUUUCCGGGCGAAUAUCAGGCAUCCUACACGAAUGCCCUCGUGUCUUCAGUGCCUGUGUUUUCCAAGUCUGCAUCGCGGGCAACUAUGGACGCUGUCGACUACGAAGAAUUCGUGCACCGAGCCCCGGUAUCUGAAAUUGCAACGCAACUUCAAAUCGACUCAAAGAUCUGCGAUGAGAAUAAUCGCAAAGUCCGGUCUAAACAGCCAAGUCUGCUUGCGCUGUAUAUCUCCGCUUUGACUCCCCUCCGAAAGAAAGAGCUGCUACAGCAAAUGUUCCCCUCGCGCGAGCUUGGGCCUGAAACACGUACAUUGAUAUUUGAAAGCGUGCUGCAAAAAGUUGUAAGUGUGCUUCAGUCGAACCCGCUUUCCAGAGACUGCUCGUCCCCGGAGGACGGGAUGUCUGAAGCGGACGCCGCAGCCGAAUUACCUUCCAGCGAGGGUCAGCAAGCUUCCGCACCUCAGAAUAAGAUGACAUCCGAUGAGGAGUUGCGAGUAUGCGAGAGAAUACUGGAAAAUCUACUUUUGACAAAAGACGACCAAGAUGGCAGUAUCCACCGAGUAUUAUCUGAGGUUCGAUCAAAGAUCAACCAAGACAAAGGAGUCCACGCGAACAUCAAAAUUUCUUCCUACAGCCCUGCAUCGAAUGCCGACCGCGCGAACGUCGCUGUGUGCUAUAUAUGCCGUCUUCGCCGCCAUGAAAGUCAUCCAUUUUUGCCGGCUUUGUGCAAGGCAUGCGGGGACUUCAACCUGUCCGCUUCUCGCAUGUCGCUUCCACGGAACCUUCAGCUCCGGGGCCGCACGGCUCUUGUCACUGGUGGGCGCGUCAAUUUAGGCUUCCACACAGCUCUUCGACUUUUACGAUGCGGCGCCUUUGUCAUAGUCUCAACGCGAUAUCCUGCCGAUGCUGUCAUGCGAUACCGGCGUGAAGCGGAUAGCGAGACGUGGGAAGCACGCUUGAAAAUCAUCGGCGCGGACUUCCGCUCUGCGGUGGAUGCCAUGGCACUGACACGACAAGUCAAGAAUAUCCUUGAUCAAAACUCUAGCAUACUGGAUAUCUUGAUCAACAACGCGGCGCAGACUCUUGCAGACAGAAAAGAGGCUGAGGUUACUGCCAUCAAUAGGGAGCGUGAUCUUCUUGGAGACUCGAUGGGAAGUUGGCAAGCCCUUUGGCUACAGAGCACACCCUAUACACCAAGAUUGCGGGGUGCGAACGACUCAAGCAUUGAAACCGCGUCUUUCACUGGCCUGCUUGGAUCGCAGGAUGUUGCCGCUCCCGUCAAAAGCACGACUAUCGUCGUUCCUUACUCCAAGUCAUCAUGGGUCCAGAGCCUGCAUGAAAUACCUUACGAAGACCUGAUCAGCGCUCAUAGCGUCAACACAUUUGUACCGUUGAUUCUCAUUCGUGAGCUUCUGCCAGUGAUGCGGCGAAAAGAGGGUGCGGGCGAACGCUGCGGAUACAUUGUGAAUGUCUCGUCCAGGGAAGGCAUAUUUGAAAACAGAAAGGGACAUUCGGCCAAGAGAGGAAAGCAUGUGCACACAAAUAUGUCAAAAGCUGCUUUGAAUAUGAUUACAGAGACGGAAGCUGCAGAAGCAUGGGAGAAGUAUGGAGUCGCCAUGAAUACGGUUGAUCCUGGCUAUAUGAGCGCGGCGCCCGAGUUUGAGGAUGCAUUCGGUGGCGAGCGACCGAUUGGAUGGGGCGAUGGCGCUGGCCGUGUUCUGUGGCCCAUAGCUGUUGGACAGAAAGCGACAAGCAACGGCAAAGGAAAAGUGAUCUGGGGUCAAUUCUUGAAACAUUACGGUGCAGUCCGAGUCGAACCUGGAUUUGGCCGCGGAUGA